AUGACCACUUCAUCUGAACAUGUGUCAAUUCACAUGCCCAAGUAUGAGGCAAUACCGAUUCAAUUUGAUUCUCCAACACGUGAUGCUUCAAUAGAUAUCGCUGAUAUACAAAAUUAUAUUCGUGAGAAAGCAGAGAAAAAAUUGGAACAAUGUAAUUAUUUUGAAGUAUCAUUACCACCAUCAAUAACUGGUAUUACUGGCGAAUCUAAUCGAAUUAAAUUUAAUUCAUUAUUUCAAACUCCAACAUUAGAUGAACUCGAAACUCUAUCAUCUAAUCCAGAUGGAUCACCAAAGAAAUUAAAUGAAGAACAACUUAGAGCAGUUAAACAAACAGGAGAAUUUGAAGUAAAUAGUAUUUAUUUUCCUGGUCAACGCCAUCGAUGGAAAUUGAAUAAAUUACUUCAAUCAGGUGUUCAAUCAGCCGGUGACGUACUUCAUAAAGAAUUAUCAUGGGCAAUUUAUAUGUUGAUAAUGUUUGCUCGAGAUCGUAUUUGUUCGGAUUCCUUUAGUUUUGAAGCAGCCCUACGUUCAUGGAAGCAAGGUUUUGCUAGUUUAAUUGAUGCUUUUAUUGGACUACCUGCAAUUGAAUCAUCUGGUAUCGAUUUACAAGUAGAAAAUGAGCGAAAUAAAUUUUUAGUUACUGAACUUUCACCAGCUGAAAGUGAAAAAGAAAUGCAUGAAAAAUUUUGUGCACAAAUACCAAUUUUAUUACAAAUAAUGACUGAACAUCAAAAAUAUGAACGUCGUCAAAAUAAAGAUACUCCACCUCCUAUGCUUCCAUAUCCUCAUCAUUUUGUAACACCAGACAAUAUUGAUAUUGAUCUUCGAUUACAUAAUCAUGAUCUUCAAGCUAAAAUAAAAUCAAUUGUUAGCUCUCUUAUUUCUAAAAGUACACCAAAAAAUUGGUUUGCUACUACGAAACGAAAAUUAAUUAAUCAAUAUAAAAACGAACAAGUCGAAUUAGGUUUGUCAAAAGAAGAAAUAGCUAAACGAGUUCAAAACCAAUUAAAUAUUGAAUAUACUGAACGAGUAUUUGAAACUAUUGAAAAUUCUCGUGAAAUUGAAAAAUUAUCACCUGGUCUUGGACGCUUAUUAGUUGCACAAGCUCGUUCAAUAUUAAUAAUGAAAUCAAUUGCUGAAAAACUAACUGAAGAUUUAGAAAAUCAUCUUAAAAUGACACGAGAAAAAUUAAUUCGUGAACAUCCAAUAAAAUCAAAAAUUACUCGUUGGAUUGAUCAAAAAAUAUUUGAAGAAAGAAUCAAUUAUAUGCAUCAUCAUGAAUGGGAUCCACAUCAAUUAGCAAUUGAUCAAUGUAAAUCAUUAGGAUAUCAACAAGCUGCAUAUUUUAUUGAACGAGAUUAUAUAUUUCGAAAAGAUUAUGAAUUAAAUCUUCGUCAAAAUCUCAAACCAAAGAUUGAACCUGUUAAAACAAUUCAAUGUACUCGAUUCAUAUGGUUGCCAAGAAAUUAUAUUGUUGAGCGAACAUAUCCAUUACCUGUCGAACGAAUUCCAACAUUAUUUUCUAAACACAAAUAUACAGUUGAAAAAGAAGAGGCACGACAAAGAUUGAUUAAUUCUGAUCCUGAAGCACGAUAUCAGUGUCGCAGAGAAAUAAGUUAUGAAACAACAACAAGAUAUCCAUUUUGGAGAUGGAAACUAUUUGCACUUCGAACAUUUUGUUGGCUUUCCAAUGCAAUUUAUUUAUUCUGUAUUGUUAUUCCAUUUGCUAGUCCAGUUAGUUUUCGUGCUUUAUUAUCUCCAAAACCAUUUAUUGUGGGUUAUAAAUUGAAUGAAAAAGAUUUAAAACUUUAUAAAGAAACAUCUCCAAUUACACAAACAUUUAUUUCACGCCUUGUUGCUCUUUGGAAUAAUGUAAGUUAUUCAAGACAAAAGUUUGAACGAGCACCUGAUAGAGGAUUAUUGGGAAAGAAUGUUCAAAGAAUGUUCAAUCGAGUUUGGAACUAUGUAAUAAAGGGUGGUCUAGGUACUGUGGCUACUUGUAUCGUCUAUCCAAUAAUCUGUUCAAUUGUUCCAAUCCUAUCGUUUAUAUUAGGUGUACUCUCACCUAUAUGGUUACCAAUACUAACAUUAUUAUUUCAUAUAGUUGAAAUUCUUAUCUAUGAUGCGAAUUCAGCUGGCGAAUAUGGUCGAAAAUUUUUUUGUCUUAUUAACAUUAUAAUGACUAAUUUUCUUCUUGGUGGUAUAAUACAACCAAUAUUAGCAUUAGUUGGAUUAAUUGCUAGUCCAAUAGCUUCUCUUUUAAUUACUAUUUAUGCUUUGCUACAUCGUGGCUUUCGUGGAGUUUAUGAUCAAAUAAGCUAUCAUUUAAUUGUGAAACGUUUGGCUCGAAUUCCUGCACAUGAUACUUUUCUGGCACGACGCAUAGCUGGCCCAGGUUUAGCAGCACAGUACUUUUAUCAAGUUGCAUCACCAGAAGUAUUAGCAGCAUUAGAAUCGUUAAUUGAACAAAAAGAAUUAGAAUUUUAUCGUUCAUAUAUUGAAAAAAUUUUAAGAAAACCAAUUCAAGAAUAUCAAGAAUUUUUUAAUCAAGCAUUUAAACCAUUUUCAGGUCAAGUUAGCAAAAUAGAUAAUAAAUCAACUUAUGGUCGAAUGAAUGAUGUUGUUGAUGAACAUAUUAAACAAUUACGACGCACAAUUGAAAAACGUCAUAAUCUCCUUCGAGUAGAACGUAGUACUCAUCAUGAUCGCAUUCGUUUAACAGAGACUGAUUUAACAGCUGUACUUGUUAAAGGAACAGAAUUAGUAGAAAAAUGGUAUCCAAACCGAAUACUUCCCUAUUUAAAUGAAACUGAACUUGAAAAAUUUUGGCAUGAUCAAGAUCUAGAACCAAAUGAUUGGUUUGGUCUAACAAGUAAAUUACUUCAAGAUUUAUUUUGUCGAGAUUUCUUAACACCUCUAGAACAAACCGAUGCUUUUUAUAGUCUAAAAGUUGAUCAUUUAACUUUAUCAAAAUAUGCACAAAUGAUUCAUUCAGCUAAUAUACAUGAUGAUCUUGAUGUUGUCACAAGUAUCUACUUACCUGAAAGUUCAUAUUCAUUAAGUUCUCCCACAUUCAAUCAAAAUAUACUCGAUCCAAAUCAAUCUAUUCUUGAAAUAUCAACAAAUUAUUCAAACAACCAGAUGGUCGAAAAUCAUGGUCGUAUAUACAGAUUUUUCUAUCGUGAAAAAAAUUAUACAAAACCUGUUAAGGAUUCAUCAAGAUUUGUUGAUUAUACAUCAGCAACAUGUCGUUUUUGUAUACCAAUUGGAUUAUCUGAAGUAGCUUUUAUCAAUAUAAUUAUAUUUAAUCGCGAUCAUAAUAAUUCAACAACAACAGUAUCGACUAAGAAUAUAUCACCUAAAGAUAUGCGUCGACUAAUUGAAUUUAAUAAAAAGCAUUAUAAAGAAUCUUUGCUACCAAUACAUUCAUCACACUUUGCAUCAUCUACUACAAAUAAUGAUAUGAUAAAUCACGAUGUAGUUAUGAUUAAUACUAUAUUAGACGAAAAAUGA